AUGAGGCCGCUCAUCCUCGCCGCCGCGACCCUCGCCGCCGCGCAGCAAACGCCGCCGCAGCUCCGCGUCUACGUCGACGACACGCACAAGUACGCCUACUACGGCUGCUACAACGAAACCACCCUCGCCGAGGGCUCCGCCGGCACGCGCGCCCUCGCCGGCGGCACCAGCCUCGUCCGGCCCGACAACAUGACCGUCCCGACCUGCCUGAGCUUCUGCCAGGACGGCGACACCAAGUACCGCUACGCCGGCGUCGAAUGGUCCAGAGAGUGCUGGUGCGCACAGAGCAUCGCGGGCAUCGCGCAGAGGCUCGACGACACGGAGUGCAACUUCCCCUGCUCGGGCAACGAGACGCAGGCCUGCGGCGGGCAGCUCAAGCUCAACGUGUACCGCAUGUCGGGCGCGGGGCCCGGCUUUGCCGUCCCCGGCCUCGGCGCGGUGCUGGCGCUGACAGGCGUCUAUCUGACGGUGCUUGUCUGA